UUUUCGCGAAUUUGAACGAUCUGAGAAUACAGUUUUACUCAGAAUUCGACGCUGAUUCCGAAUAUGUAUGACUCAUUGCGUAAUUUUUUGGGCACGAAACCUUACAUUCUGCCACUUGUCCUUUAAAACAGUCCAAGUUCACUUUCUUGCUUCGCUCACAUCGCGAACGCGACCUUCGCUAAAAUCGCGCAACUCGUGCUAAGAAGUCGCUGUUGUCGCGGCGCCACCUACUCUUGUCAAACCUUACAUUCUGCCACUUGUCCUUUAAUUGAAAACGUUUAGUCGGUCGUCAAGCAUCGUGUUGAUAACAGAAAAUCAAGAAACAUUAAUAUAAAUUCAAAUAAUUUUUGAAUGUCGAAUGGAAAAAUAUUAAUGUUGAUGUAGUUGUUCUGUAAAAAGAAGGUGUUUCAUGCUAUUUCUUGAGAGUUGUCGGAAUAUCCGAGUAAGGCCUUAUGAAUAUUGACUGUAAUAUAAUAAAGAGGAUUAACAAUGCUACAUUCUCUACAAACGCUUAUUAUACAUUUUCUAUUUUCAUCUUUUCAUAUAUCUCAUCCAUUUCAACUUUUGCCAUGGAUUUUUCAACCGCUGAAACUCUAACUAAUGGAAAAACAAAAAGUUUGACCAGAUGCUUAGUGUAAAUUUAGUCUUUCACCUACUAUAACAGUAUUGUUUUUCUGCUUGUAUUUCAGUCGUGUAACUAUGAGGAAAUGCAGAUUCAGGAGUUCAUCAUUGAAGUUUUAGAUUCAGUUUGAUCAGUAAAUGUGAACUUUUUUUACUGUGUGUUUGUUGUUAAAUUUUAUUAGAGUACUGUAGAGUGAAUUUUUAUUUAUUACUUGCAAUUAGGAUAAUGCACUACAUCAUUGAUUUAUAUUCAUCUUACACCUUAUAUAAAUAUUCGGAUAGCUAUGCAUUUCCUCUAAAGAUAAACGAAUAACAUCUGAAAAUAUCUUGCUAUAUAGUACUCUUUGUGGACCAUCACAACAAGCACUUAAAACAAUUGAAAGAAACACAAAGAUGAGGAAGCAUAUUUAGAGCAACAUUUAAAUUCUUUUUGGCAAACUACCGUAGUUUUGCUAACCAUUCUUAUUCCUUUUAUAUGUAGUUUCGACACAUGGUGGCACGACUAAUGACACUCGACAAUAUUGUAUAUUUCCAUUUAUUUAUCAGGCUAAUCUGAUAAGUAGUCGCAUUAAAACUGAUAAAUCGCCAACAACCAUAACCGAUCUAUCGACUGAUCCUUGGUGUUCAUUGACCUCUAGUUUUGACCAAGAUCAACAAUGGGGCUAUUGUGAUUUAGGCGUGACACUAUCGACGUUAAGUGAUAUUUGUACGGGAAAAUCACGACAAUUGAUAUGUCCGUCGGACUACGUAAUUGUUAUUCGUACAGUUGUUUAUGGAGUCAAAAAUAAUUCAAUUGCUAAAUGUUUAUAUGAUCCAGCUGAUUGUUUUCGGAAUGACAAUUCCACAAUCACUACAAUUUGUGCUGAGAAAAAGUCGUGUCUAAUAUUUUAUUUUGAUAAAAUAUUGACAUCAUGUCACAAUUGUCAAUCGACGUAUUUACAUAUGGAUUACAUAUGUAUGCCAAAUACUGCUCCUAAAAUCCAAGAAUACAAUAUAUGUGGUGAUGUGUUUAUACAGCCAACAAAUGAAGAAGCAGUGAAAUGUGGGUAUAUCGUGUCAUCUAAUUUAUCAAACACAUUAUCGAAUAUUGAUUGCUUAUUGACAAUUCAACCACUUGAUAAACAAGAUGUUUAUAUUUAUUUACUUGAUAUGAAACUGACUGUACCUGUGCUAGGACAAGGAUGUGAGAAAGGGAUCAUACACUAA